AGACGACGCCAAUCACUGCGCGUGCACUGAUCCGCCGAUCGCGAAUGAAUGAAGGAGUCUUCAGUUGGCAGGUGACAGUUGACGGAAGAAGCCAUGCCGAGGUCUUUUAUGAUUAAAAAGUCGAGGUCGCACUGGGCUGGGGUUCCAGGACUGUCGGUUCCACACACGGAAUCGACCAUUUCAAGAGAAGUAAGGACAGAUGCUACAAAAGUGAUGCAAGACAGGGAAGGGACAGCUACAAUAAAGGAGAGUCCAAUCACAGGUGGAAUGAACGAUGAUAUAAAGACAUCACUGACCAACUACUUCAACAGGUCAAAGGUCACAUGUUGCUCUCCCCCAAUGGACCAAUCUGCGUAUAACAAUGAGACAGAAUCUGAUGAACGGCUGCAGUGUCUUCGGAAGAAAGAGACGAAAUACCUUCGAGAGUUCCUGGGAGACUUCCUAUCCUGGCUAACUCUCGAUCACGACAUACAGAAUAUACCAAAAAUUGGACUACUUCCGGACUUUCUCUUUUCCUUUCCUUUCCAAGAGCUAAACCGCGACAGCAGUCUGCAGGCCUGUCAGUGUGUGCACUACAGAAGCAACGAUCUGACGCGUAGCAACUCCCCAGAUUCUGUACCAUUCGGUCUUACCGGAAGUGAAAAUGCAUGCGGUGCGCAGAAUCCACUGUCGGAUAGCCCAGGUUUCGAGAACCGGGAAAAGUUAUUUCAGUGUAAAGAGUGCGGAAAGACAUUCAAGCGAUCGUCGACGCUGUCGACGCACAUGCUGAUACACAGCGACACCAGACCCUACCCGUGUCCGUACUGCGGCAAGAGAUUCCACCAGAAGUCAGACAUGAAGAAACACACGUACAUUCAUACAGGUGAAAAGCCUCACAAAUGUUCCAUCUGUGGUAAAGCGUUUAGCCAGUCCUCCAACCUGAUAACACACAGUCGCAAACACUCUGGCUACAAACCCUUUUCUUGCAACCAGUGCGGAAGGUCCUUUCAAAGGAAGGUGGAUCUUCGAAGACAUCUGGAGAUCACCAGCCACCGAUAGACUGCCUAACCGAUCCAACAGACGCUGUUGAAAAAGCUUACGGGUUAGGAUGAAAUUAAAGUGGAGACCACAAACCACUGACUGAAACCACACCAGAUUUAGUAAAGUGAAUCUUGACAUUUAAUGGUAAUCACAAGUCGCUAAUGGAUGUCCAUGUCACAAAAACCACUGAGAUCUCUUACAAUGAAUUUAGGACUAAACACAAAAAGAAACCUUACCUACAAAACAAGGGCCAAGCCUACUUUCUUCUGUGCAUAUAUAUUUGUUUUCGAUUAUAUAUAUAUAUAUAUAUAUAUGAAGGUAACAAAAAUACAUAUUUAAAACAUUUUAUUUGGACCUGUAGGGGUGAAGACAGUAAAAUAUUUGAAAAGAAAAGUUUUACUUAAGGUUUUACUUCAUGUUCUGGAAACACAAUACUUUUAAGGCAUACUUAUAAUUUAAAGAUUCCAGAACCGAUCUCUACUUUCAGUGGCGUUAAUCACUUUAAAGUCAACAUUGAAGACAUAUGCAGGUCACAAGCCAUAAAUAUACGUUGUAUCGGACUUAGUGUGUGAUGACGUUUUAUAUCGCCACACUUUUCUGUAGUCUGAAUGCUACGAUUGCAUAUCAAACGAAUCGAACGUUUGGUGAUACUGGAAGAUUAAAGCAAUCGUUAGAUGCCGCAUUGAUAGACAUCCAAUGCUAUGUAUAAUAAGUCUCUGAAAAGUCAGAAUUACUUUUUGUAGCAAUGAAAUUCCGAUUCCUAAAUACUGUUCCACAUUGAGUACUACUAUUUGAGACAAAACUCCGUUGCUAUGAAACGAUCGCAAGAUAUCGAUAAGAAAACAUGGAGGCGUAGCGUAUGUCAAAACCAAGAUUGAUAAGUUAGUGGAAUUAGUGUUCCAAUUCUUCUAUGUUCAAAAUUGAAUGCAUAAUUAUUAUAUUUCCAAAGGAAGCGGACAUUAGACAGCAACUGGAUCAACAGUAAAUAUCGUUGAAAGUAUAUAUUCUAGUCACGAUUUUAUACCUGAAAGUAAUAUCAUUUAAACGGAACACUACCAACAACUGCUGGUACGCAAUGCUGUGAUUUAACUUACGAUCACUUUAAUUUCAGUGUCACUUACAUACCAUCAUUUCUGAACUCUUGCAAUAUACAUAUUCAUAUUGUAGAUAAAACCUUUGUUUUUCUUGUCAACAUGAAACUAGAUAUAGUUGUUUAGAAAUGUACCUUACGAUCUACUUCACACAUCGACCAAUAAUUCGAAGACUUAAGUAAUUUGGGUAAUUUGGGUCUAUAUGUGUUCGUGACUGCUCUCAGAUUAUGAGCUGGAGCAGAUAAAUAUGUACCAACGUGUUAUCUUUUAGUCUUCAAAAACAAUUUUUUUUUUGCAUAUCGUUAUUUAAUAUAUUUAUGACGUUUAACUUUUGGUUAGUUUAAUGUCGUCUCGUGUUCUUGUUUCAAUAUGGAUCUGAUCUUUGUGUCACAGUGGUAAACUUGUUGAACUAUUUAUGACAGUUAUACAGUUACUUGAAAUUUGCAUACAAUACGGUAUCUUAGAACGUGUGAUGUGUAGGCACAAGCUGGAGCAGAACUGAAAGGUCAUCCCUUUUGUCAUACAGCUUCGGAUGGAGACCUGUGUCGCACUGAAUCACUGAAACGUGUCACUUAGUUUGGAGACCAGUGUCGCACUGAAUCUCUGAAACGUGUCACUUAGUUUGGAGACCAGUGUCGCACUGAAUCUCUGAAACGUGUCAAUUAGUUUGGAGAACAGUGUCGCACGGAAUCUCUGAAACGUGUCACUUAGUUUGGAGAACAGUGUCGCACGGAAUCUCUGAAACGUAUCACUUAGUUUGGAGACCAGUGUCGCACGGAAUCUCUGAAACGUGUCACAUAGUAACGAAGAUACUGUUUGUCACCUUUGUAACAUAAUUUAAUUAUGGAAAUGCAAGUCACAUUAAGUGCGAGUAAACAGGUUAAUAACUGAACUAUGAUUUACAUAAUUCCAUAAAUCUGAACGAUCAAGGCCGUAUCUCUGCACAAUGGAGAAAAAAGGUUACAUAUUAUAAUACUGAAGCUUGGAUUUAAAAAGAGCUAAUAAAGAUUUAAGUUACUAAGUAUUAUAACAUUUUAAUAAUGAAGCUAUCAGUUACAAAGUAUUAUAACAUUUUAUUAAUGAAGAUUUCAGUUACAAAGUAUUUGAAACACUUUAAUAACAAAACAAUUGGUUAAAAGUAUCAGAAACAGUUUACUAACGAAGAUAUUUAUUCCAUAAUAUAAGAGACAUUUUAACAACGAAGCUAUGUUACAGUUAUUACAUUUUUAUAAAAAAGAUGUCCGUUACAAAAUGUCAGAAACAGUUUUGUAAUUAAGCUGCCAAUUACAAGUAUUGUACGUUUUGAUAAGGUAGCUAUGAGUUUACAAUACUUAGUAUAUUAUGUCAAAGGAAUGAAUCAUAUUUAUGAGAUUUAUUCAUUGGUUAACAAUUUUCCUUUUCGAUAGUUAGCUUUGUAGAUUUUGUCUAAUUACACUUAGCUCUUAGUAUAACAUAGGGCGCAUUAUUUCCACCCACAGUAGAUUUAGAACGCACCAGUAAUCAUAACUAUACAAGAAUGAAAAGCGAAUAUCUGUGACGUGAUAAGCCGAAUAAUUAAUGGAAUUACACAUUGGUCGAACUGGUGUGUGAUGUGCGUGAGUAUAUAUGAGUGCGCGUGCGUGUGAGCGUGUAUGUGUGUAACUACACAAGGGUGUGCUUGCUCAAAACAUUUUAUGCAAUUGCCUAUUAUUUUAUUUAUUUAUACAUUUACAUUUAUUUCUAUUUACAAUGUUUACAUUCUUGUUUGUUAUGUACAUGUGUAUAUACAAUAAAGACAAAUCACUC